GGAUGAGUGGGAUAUAAGGAGGGUGUUCUGCAUCACAGUGGAUAAUGCUACAGCUAACAGCUCUACAAUGACUAAAUUCAAGAAAGCAAUGAAGCUGAUUGGAGAUGAUGCAUUGGUACUGAAAGGUGAAUAUAUGCACUUAAGGUGUGCUGCUCACAUCCUGAAUUUAGUUGUAAAGAAAGGUAUGCAUGAAGUGAAUAAUAGUGUGGAUGGUAUUCGCAAUGGGGUUCAGUAUGUGAGGUCUUCAACAAAUAGACUCAAAUCAUUUGAUUUGCAUUGUGAUGCUAGAAGGAUAAAAAGAGGUAGCUUGCCUUUAGAUGUGAAGACCAAAUGGAACUCUACUUAUCUCAUGCUAGAACAAGCUGUGAAGUUUAGGGUUGCUUUUGAGGAAAUGGAGGCUGAGGAUAAACCCUACAAUGACUACUUUGAGGAAAAGCUCUACAGUGAGAUAGUCAACAUUGCUAGAAACCUAACUCCCUUAAACACAGAUAAAAAGUCUGAUGAAGAGCUUAAAAAGAAAGCAUUAGCAAUGUUAGGAAAGCUGAAGAAAUAUUGGGAUCCGUUUGGUGAUCAAGUUGAAAUGAAUAAGUUGGUGAUGGUUGCUAGUGUUUUUGACCCUAGAAAGAAGAUGAAAUUUGCUGAGCUCUGCUUUGCUAAGAUGAUUUGUAUGAUGAGUGAUUCAAUGGCAUCUUCUCAGUUACAAGGAGCGUGUUCUCAGUCCCAAGAGCAAGUUGAAACAGUCGUGGGUAAUGGUCUUAUAUUAGAGGAUAUAGAAAACUUAUUUGAUGUUAUUGUGAAAGAAACAUGUAUUCAUAAAUCAUCUAAUGAGUUGGAUUUAUACUUGAAUGAGGUUGUGGAGACUCCACAAAUUCUAAAAGGAAUAGAGUAUGAUGUCUUGUCAUGGUGGAAGCUCAACAGUGGGAAGUUUCCAGUUCUUUCUCUAAUAGCUAAGGAUAUAUUCGCUAUGCAAGUGUCUUCUGUGGCAUCAGAAUCUGCAUUUAGCAUUGGUGGUAGAGUGUUAGAUCCAUUCAGAAGCUGCUUAACACAUUACAUGAUAGAAGUGUUGAUGUGCACCGAGCAAUGGUUAAAAUCUGAGAUUCGUAUCAAUGAAAGAGGAGUGUCAACAAUUCAUGAACUGCUUGCAGAUCAAGUGGAAGAAGAUGAGCUUAUGAGAGAGUUUGAACCUGAAUUCCACAUCCAUGGUUUUGAAUGAUUAAGGAGAGAAAGAUUCAAAACAAAGUCAUCACUCAUCA